GGCUGGGAGGCCCGAGGGCUGACAGCAGCUGAGCGGCCCCGGCCGGGGUCUCACGGACUCUCGGGGUCUGGCUGACACGGCCGCUCCCGUCACUGCGGCGCGGGCUGAGCUCACGGCCGCGCGCCCGCCGCCGCCGCCGCCGCCGCCUUCAUGCUGCAGCGCAGGGCUCAGUUCCACGCGGCCAGGAGGCCGCCGUUGCCCGCACGCGCCGCCUUGGGAAGCCCAGCUCCCAGGUCCGCCCCGGCCGCGGCCGCAGCCCCGGACCUCGGCUGCUUGCCUCGCGCCUGAACUGCGGACUCGCCUCAGCGCGGUGGCCAGCGGGCGGGGCGCUGUGUGCAGCGCCGCGCAGGGAGGCGGUGAGCUUGUGCAGAGCUGCCCGAACGGAGGACUAUGUAUGUGUGUGCGCGUGUUUGCGUGUGUUUGAGCGUGUUUUUCCUUCUUCCCUUGAGGAUGUGAAUUGUUUAGAAGCUGGCUGCUCCCUUAGGAUUCUUGACUUUGGGGAGCUCCGGGCUGUGAGCACAGCCCACCCAUAUAAUCCAUUUUGCACGGUCGGUUAUAUCAAAAAAGCGCAACUGGACGGGGGUGGGGCAGACCAACGAAACCUUCCAGACGCACACACACACACUCACAGGAGAGAGGAAGAAUUGAAAGACUUGAGAAGACUUUGAUAACCUCCCUGCUGGUCCUUCUGUUUUCCGGAAAGAUCCUGGAUGUUGGCUACCUUUUCAAGUCAUCUUGGCAUGUCUCUAGUGUUUUGUAAGCCGCUUUCCAGCUAGCUGCGUAUGUGUGUGCGCGCGUGUGUGUACGCGCGCGCCUAUCUGAUGCAUUUGACUGUCUUUUAUCCAACUGCCCAGAAGCAAAUGUGUUAACUCGGCGAAGCCCCUUCAUGCCCGGGUUCUUGCAGAGAUCUGAGGACACCCAGACCCAUUUUCCUGGCUGGAUUUGGAGCGGCUGCUGGGCUGUGGACCCAGGUGUGUGGAUCGCUUUAUCCAGAAGCUUGGAAAGCGCCAAUAUUAACCUGCUUCCAGGUGCAUCGCAAGGUCAAGAGAGGGUCUUGCAGCCCUCUUGUUUCUGUGUAUCUACACCUUCUUCUCUUGGCCAGAAGGAUAUUUACGUUUUGGUCCACAGCAUUUGAAGCCAAAAGUUCAGCCCUUCGAACUGGUUUGCUAUACAAAACAAAACAAAUAAGGUAAUGAGGAUUGCUUAUUAAACUGCUUAACAAAAUCCCCGACUCUUCCUCAGCCCUUUCUCGGCUCCCUCCUCCCCACCAAAAUGUCACCAGCUCUUGAAUUACGUGGAUUCGGGUUGGAGGAGAACUUGAAGGAAACGUGAUUAAAGGGCUAUGCGAGAACGCUCUCUUUGCUGCCCGCGGUCCGGUGGGCUUCGAAGCCAGUCGUGAGAAGGACCGGUUCCCUCCGUGCUGCUUCCUCCCUGUGCAGUGCUGGGUGUGCGUGUGCAAGUGUGUGUGCAAGUGCGCGCGCGCCCGGGUGCGAGUGUGUGAGUGUGAGCGUGUGUCUGUGUGUGCGUGCGCGGCCGCCCUGCCUCUGCCCGCUCCCCGGGCACGGAGCCGCGGGUUUCAUGGGGCGAUUGCAGCGGAUCCCCCACCCAGCGCGACCUGCGGGCAGCGGCGGCAGUGGCAGGAGCCGCCUUUCUGAUUCCCUACGAUGCGGGUGCUGAGCUAUGGCAAAGGGCAGCGAAGUGACGAGCGAGACCCGCGUACGACUGUGAAAGCCACCUGGAGCCACCUUGCCGGGAUUGUACCUGCGGGCAGAAAGUCUUCCUACGACCGUCUUUUCCCCUAGAGGCACCAGAUUUGAUAUUUUCAAAGAUAUUUGAGCUAAAUUUGCGUCAUAAGAAGGAGUUAGCUAGGCAAAUAAGAGGAAAAAGGAUAUUCCAAAUUGGCCGUGCAGAUGCCUCACAUAUCCAAAAGGCAAGUUUGCUUGAAAAUUUGCAAGUAUAAUUAGAGAGUUGAAGUCAUUUUUUAAAGUAUAUGUUUUAGCAGGUGAUUCUGGAAUGAUGGCGUAUUGGGAAGCAUCAGAAAUCUGUCUCCUCAUCCAGACAACAAUUUUGCUUUCAGAAUAUGUCUGAUAUAACUGUACUCAAACUCUGAAGCCUAUUGAAGUCUUGAAACUUCUGAAGGAAGGAUUGGACAGUAAAUUGUAGUUAAUUUUGAUCUUCCAGUUCAUCUACCCAUCCCCUGCACCCAGUUCCAGAGCAGCCAGCUGUGUGCAUGUUCCUAGAGCAGCACGCACACAGCUUGGGGAAGCCAGAAUGUGCAAAAAUGACUCUCAAAUAUCAGGAUCUGUGCUCCGAUUAUUGAUUGCUGAUUUUGAUGAUUAUAAAGAGGCAGUGGCCAUUAUUGCUGAACCAACCCCCAUUGUUGUAAGUCUUCUCCUUCUGGCUGAGGUGACUUCAAGGGGAUUUAAGAGGUCGGUGCCUUGUUCCCACUUUUAUUUUUGCCUUUGUCUCAUUUUGGGAGCCAGACAUUGAUAACUAAAAUAUUUUUAAAAAAACACGUAUAUUAGGUAAAUUAAGAAGUAACCACACUUGCCAAGAAGAAGUUUCAGGCUUAAAUAAGACGUGAAAACACCUUAAGUUUACACUUCAGGCCAACUCUGCAACAGAGACAGCCUACAACAAUCAAAACAAAACAUAAACAAAAAAUGAAAACAAGAACAAACACUGCGGGAAAGAGAUAAUCUAAUAUUCUGGGUUUAUUAUAUCAUUAGAUUCAAAUGUAUAGUUUUCAGCAAAAUGUAUAAACAUACAAGGAAACAAGAAAAGAUGAGACAUUUAAAGAAAAAAAAUAACCAACAGAAUUUCUGAUGGCAGAUCUACUAGACAAAAAAAAAAUAUAUAUCUGUAUUAAAAAUACUCAAAGAAUUAAAGGAACACAUUGAAAAGUCAAGACAAUUAUGUGUGAACAAGUAGAAAAAUCAAUAAAUUUAUAGAAAACCUAAGGAGAAACAAAAAAUAUAGCUAAAAAGUACAAGAAAAGAAAAGAAAAAAAUUCACUAGAGGGAUUUAUAGAAAGAUUUCAUCAGGCUGGAGAAAGAAUCAGCAAACUUGAAGAUAGAACAUUAAAAAUUACAGUCUUAGGAAAAGAAAGUUAAAAAAACAGAUUGAAGAGAAGUAAACAGAACCAAAGGGACCGUUGGUGUGUCAUCAAGGAGACCGACAUACACAUUUUGUAGUCCUAAAGAAGAGAGUUAGAAAGGAGCAGAGAGAAUGCUUGAAGAAAUAAUGGCUGAAGGCUUUCCAAAUUUGAUGAAAGACAUAAAUAUAAGCAUCUAAGAAUCUCAGAGAACUCCACAUGGGAUGAACUGAAAGAUAGCCACACCUAAAUACAUUAUAUAAUCAAACUGUUUAAAGACAAAUAAAUUUGAAAGCAGCAUGGGAGAAGCCUGCUUAUCAUAUGCAAAGGAUAGUAAUAAGUAACUUUGGAGGCCACAAAGCUGUGGGUUGAUAUAUUCAGUGCUAAAAGAAAAUUUAAAAAAAUGAUCAACCAAGACUCCUGUAUUUAACAAAGCUGGUCUUCAAAAGUGACAGAGAAAGUAAAAGAAUCCCAGAUAAACAAAAGCUGAAGUAGUUAUUACUACUAGACCUGCCUUAAAAUAAAUGUUAAGGAGAGUUCUGCAGAUUGAAAUAAGAAGACAGCAAACAAUAGCUCUCAAUCGGUAAGAAGAAAUAAAGAUCUCAGUAAAGGCUGGGAUGCAAUGUCAUAAUCUUGGCUCACUGCAACCUCUGCCUUCUGGAUUCAAGCAAUUCUCCCACCUCAGCCUUCUGAGUAGCUGGGAUUACAGAAUCCCUGUAACCAUUCAUCCAGGUGUUGAGAAGAUAUGUAGCAGCCGAGCACCCAUCUUUUGACACCGUCCUCUGAAAUCAGCUUUGGAGAUGCUUUCACUCUGUCCGUCUUCUGUAGCAGCCAGGCAGAGUGCUGACUCCUUCACAGCCGCGAGGAACUCUUCAGGCUCCAGAAGCUCUUAAAUCUGAUCUACAAUGGAAAAAAUUCUUUUUUAUCUGUUUUUCAUUGGCAUAGCAGUGAAAUCUCAGAUCUGUCCAAAGCGUUGUGUCUGUCAGAUUUUGUCUCCUAAUCUUGCAACCCUUUGUGCCAAGAAAGGGCUUUUAUUUGUUCCACCAAACAUUGACAGAAGAACUGUGGAACUGCGAUUGGCAGACAAUUUUGUUACAAAUAUUAAAAGGAAAGAUUUUGCCAAUAUGACCAGCUUGGUGGACCUGACUCUAUCCAGGAAUACAAUAAGUUUUAUUACACCUCAUGCUUUCGCUGACCUACGAAAUUUGAGGGCUUUGCAUUUGAAUAGCAACAGAUUGACUAAAAUUACAAAUGAUAUGUUCAGUGGUCUUUCCAAUCUUCAUCAUUUGAUACUGAACAACAAUCAGCUGACUUUAAUUUCCUCUACAGCGUUCGAUGAUGUCUUCGCCCUUGAGGAGCUGGAUCUGUCCUAUAAUAAUCUAGAAACCAUUCCUUGGGAUGCUGUUGAGAAGAUGGUUAGCCUGCAUACCCUUAGUUUGGAUCACAAUAUGAUUGAUAACAUUCCUAAGGGGACCUUCUCCCAUUUGCACAAGAUGACUCGGUUAGAUGUGACCUCCAAUAAAUUGCAGAAGCUACCACCUGACCCUCUCUUUCAGCGAGCUCAGGUACUAGCAACCUCAGGAAUCAUAAGCCCAUCUACUUUUGCAUUAAGUUUUGGUGGAAACCCCUUGCAUUGCAAUUGUGAAUUGUUGUGGUUGAGGCGUCUGUCCAGAGAAGAUGACUUAGAGACCUGUGCUUCUCCUCCACUUUUAACUGGCCGCUACUUUUGGUCAAUUCCUGAAGAAGAGUUUCUGUGUGAGCCUCCUCUCAUUACUCGUCAUACACAUGAGAUGAGAGUCCUGGAAGGACAAAGGGCAACACUGAGGUGCAAAGCCAGGGGAGACCCUGAGCCUGCAAUUCACUGGAUUUCUCCUGAAGGGAAGCUUAUUUCCAAUGCAACAAGAUCUCUGGUGUAUGAUAACGGAACACUUGACAUUCUUAUCACAACUGUAAAGGAUACAGGUGCUUUUACCUGCAUUGCUUCCAAUCCUGCUGGGGAAGCAACACAAAUAGUGGAUCUUCAUAUAAUUAAGCUUCCUCACUUACUAAAUAGUACAAACCAUAUCCAUGAGCCUGAUCCUGGUUCUUCAGAUAUCUCAACUUCUACCAGGUCAGGUUCUAAUACAAGCAGUAGUAAUGGUGAUACUAAAUUGAGUCAAGAUAAAAUUGUGGUGGCAGAAGCUACAUCAUCAACGGCACUACUUAAAUUUAAUUUUCAAAGAAAUAUCCCUGGAAUACGUAUGUUUCAAAUCCAGUACAAUGGUACUUAUGAUGACACCCUUGUUUACAGAAUGAUACCUCCUACGAGCAAAACUUUUCUGGUCAAUAAUCUGGCUGCUGGAACUAUGUAUGACUUGUGUGUCUUGGCCAUAUAUGAUGAUGGCAUCACUUCCCUCACUGCCACAAGAGUCGUGGGUUGCAUCCAGUUUACUACGGAACAGGAUUAUGUGCGUUGCCAUUUCAUGCAGUCCCAGUUUUUGGGAGGCACCAUGAUUAUUAUUAUUGGUGGAAUCAUUGUAGCAUCUGUGCUGGUAUUCAUCAUUAUUCUGAUGAUCCGGUAUAAGGUUUGCAACAAUAAUGGGCAACACAAGGUCACCAAGGUUAGCAAUGUUUAUUCUCAAACUAACGGGGCUCAAAUACAAGGCUGUAGUGUAACGCCGCCCCAGUCCGUGUCCAAACAAGCUGUGGGACACGAAGAGAAUGCCCAGUGUUGUAAAGCUGUCAAUGACAAUGUGAUUCAAUCUUCAGAAACCUGUUCGAGUCAGGACUCCUCCACCACUACCUCUGCUUUGCCUCCUUCCUGGACUUCAAGCACUUCUGUGUCCCAAAAGCAGAAGAGAAAGACUGGCACAAAGCCAAGUACCGAACCACAGAAUGAAGCCGUCACAAAUGUUGAGUCGCAAAACACUAACAGGAACAACUCAACUGCCUUGCAGUUAGCUAGCCGACCUCCCGAUUCUGUCACAGAGGGGCCCACAUCUAAAAGAGCACAUAUAAAGCCAAGUAAGUUUCUCACUUUGCCUGCUGAGAGAUCCAGAGCGAGGCACAAGUACUCCCUCGAUGGAGAAUUAAAGGAAUACUAUGGUUACAUUAAGUUACCGAACACAUGUGGACUGUUUUCUAAAAGAAGCAUGUCUAUGAAUGCGAUGUUUAUUCAGUCUGACUGUUCUGACGGUCAUAGUGGAAAGGCCACUCUCAAAUUCUGAGGGGCCACUGGAAAGCUCUGUGUAACUUAUAAUUUCUUUUUCAUGAAAAAUCAUUUUGAGAACUCACAAAGAAGAUUGGAAUUUGCAAUUCCAUUGCUGUGUAUAAAUCAACCUUCUCAGGUACAGUAUAUAUAUAUAUACAUAUAUAACUAUAUAUAUAUAUGUAUGUAUGUAUAUGUAUACUGCAAGGAAACAUAAAUAAAAUGGAUAAGGGAAAAAGCAUGACAUAGCAGCAGUGCCUUUCCCUAUUCUAAGACCAGCUCCUAGGACUGGCCACAGCAGAUUAAAAAAAUGAAAAUUGUUGUAGAAAAAAGUAUUGCAUAAAAAAUGAGAUUUCUCUAAUUUUCCAAAGGGCCGCCUAUGGAUAACUGAUAUUUUUAAUAAGUAGACUGUAUAUUUUCUUUCAAUGGUAAUAGUGUUUGCUUUGUUUUUAGGGAAACGUUGUAGAGAACAACUUCAUGUUGCUAAAUUAUUUAAAAUAAAAUAUUCAGUUAGUA